AUGUCUCCAUGGGAAGAGAGAAAAGGUACUUCGGAAGAUUCCACGGAUAGGAAAUCAGAAAUGGAUUUUCAGUACCAAGACAACCACUCUUCUGACUUUGUCACAAAGCAAUCGUCGUCUUCUUCUUGUCCAGCAGACAAUGAAGUGGGUUCGGUGGUUCUGUUUGGUGUCCCUAUAGUUUGUCUGUAUGUGGAAAGCAAAGAACGACUCUGUCUGGCCCAGAUUUCGAAUACUUUACUCAGAAACUUUAGUUAUAAUGAGAUCCACAACCGUAGGGUUGCGCUUGGAAUCACCUGUUUACAAUGCACACCUGUACAACUAGAGAUAUUGAGACGGACAGGCGCGAUGCCAGUGUCCUCCAGGCGCUGUGGUCUGAUCACCAAGCGGGAGGCUGAGAGACUAGUAAGGUCGUUCGUAGAGGAAAUUCCUCCACCUAAACUUCCGGAGAAUUUUUCAUUCAAGGUUUACCAUACCUGCGGUUGGGGAUGUCAAGGAAUGUUUCUGCCUUCCAGAUACAACAGUUCUCGUGCUAAAUGCAUCAAGUGCUCGUUCUGCAAUUCAUUCUUUUCUCCGAACAAGUUUAUAUUCCACUACCACAAGACGCCGUCAGCCAGUUAUCGUCACCCAGACGCAGCAAACUUUAACUCAUGGAGACGCCAUCUUCUUCUGAGUGAUCCUUCUCCAAAUGAUUCUCUCCAGCAUGCCUGGGAGGAUGUGAAGUCAAUGUUUAAUGGAGGAUGUCGUAAGCGUACUACUCAACACAGUCUAGGUUCAUCCGCAUCCUCAAACUCUUCGCCAAUACCAAUGGGCCAGUUCAACCAAUGUUCAUAUGAUCAUUUGCAGUCGAUGCCUUCUGGAGUAAACCAAUUUAACAGAUAUAUCGGAUCUACCAUGGUGGAAACUGAAACUCAAGAAAGACCAAUGACACACUCAUCUUUCCAGUCCAGCUACCCCAGCAAUGUGAUCGGUCCAUAUGGCGAUAUUCUGCGCUCUCUUAGCAUGCAUUAUAACCCCUGGUGGAAAUCUAUGUAUCUCACGGGUCGGCCCUAUUCUCCCUGUAAUUCGGUGCCCCUUCCGAUCAACAUGUCCUGCAUUAACUAUCCACCCAUGAUUCUCGCUUCUCCAAAUAAUUCCAGUCGGUCCUCGACGGAAGAGGACGUACAGUAUCCAGAAAACCCCACUCCCGCGAGAGUAACAAAGGGUGAAGAGAAGAGACGCGCUAUUCAGACGGUAGUAGAGAGAUCACAGGGUGAUACCCCGACCAGCGUACCAAGCAUUGGGAAUCAGUUUAUAGGGGCAGGAAAACCCAGUUCUACCUCAACAGGGAUAGAUGACGGUAACUUUGGCGACAAAUCAAAGAGUUUAACAGACAGUAAAGUUAAGGAGGAACAAACCAAAACAAGAAUCCUGGAUGAAAAUUGUACUGAAUAA